GCUAGGGCACAUAGGAAGAAUAGGAGGAGGAGGAGGGGUGGGGGAUAGGAGGAGCGAGGAGGCCGGUUGCCCGCGAUGUUGCGGCGCGCGGCGAGCAACGCCUACUCAUGGUGGUGGGCGAGCCACAUCCGCACCACCCAGUCCAAAUGGCUCGACAACAACGUCCAAGAGAUGGAGACAAGGGUGAAGGCCAUGAUCAAACUCAUAGAGAUAGAUGCUGAUACAUUUGCAAAGAAGGCAGAACUAUACUUCAAGAACAGACCCGAACUAAUAAACUAUGUAGAAGAGACAUUUAGAUCUUACCAGGCGAUUGCUGAUAGAUAUGACCGGGUAUCAGGGGAGCUUCACAAGGCCAACCACACCAUAGCAACUGCGUUUCCAGAGCAAGUCCAGCUCUCUCUGCAAGAUGACAAUGGUGAUGGUUUCCCGAAGGGCAUUACAGGGAUCAAUAUCAGCAGAGGAACCAACCCAGCUCCAAAGAGGACACAGACACAUAGAAGGAUUAGCUCUCAGAUGAGUAAAGACAAGGCACAGGAAGAGAUUGAGAGGCUACAGAAGAAAAUCCUCGUCUUGCAGACUGAAAAGGAAUUCUUCAAGAGCUCAUAUGAAUCUUCGUUAACUAAGUAUUUGAACAUUGAAAGACAGGCGACAGAAAUGCAAGAGGAGGUAUGGAGCUUGCAGGAGACUUUUAGCACUAGUGCGGUUAUUGAAGACAAUGAAGCUCGAGCUUUAAUGGCUGCACAAGCCCUUAUUUCAUGUGAGGAUAAAUUGGCUAGUUUGGAAUGUGAGCAAAAGAGAUCAUAUGAAGAGACAACCAUGGAGAUUCAAAGAGUCAUGGAUGCAAAGAAGAAGUUAACAAUUUUCAAGAGCGAGUGUGGGUAUCCUUUUGAUCAGAAGGACCUAUAUCAAGGCAUAGAGUUCUGUUCUGUACCUACAUCUAUAGAGGACAAUGAUCUAAUUCUGAAAGAACACAAGCUUGAGCUGCAUGAAAUAUCCCAAAAGGUCAAACAAAAAUUUGAGGCAUCCUCAGAGGCAUAUGUGGUGCAUCUAGCCGGGCAGGUUGAUGAAUUUGUGGAUAAGGUCAUCAGCCUAGAAAUUGCAGUUUCUUCACAAAAUGCUCAAAUCGAUAGAGUGAAAAAUGAGGCAGACGAGCUACACAAGCGCUUGGAUAGCUUGGCAGAUGAUAAAGCAGCUUUGAUCGAGGAUUCUAGCAAGUUUUCUGAAAGAUUAAAGCAAGUCGAGGAGGUGUUGCAAACAAUACAGUGGAUUGAAAAGUCUGUGCACACUGAGAAUGGACAUAUUCACAUGCAACUAACUGAAGUAAAUGACACUCUUAAUGAUUUUGUAAAUAAGUUGGAUGUCCAUUUCACUGAUGAAAUAGUAAAUUCAUCCCUGGAGUCUAAAGGCAUAGCUUCUGAUGAAGGUGCAAAUAAACCUGAGGCAUGCUAUGAUUCUUCUCAAGAUGAUCCUGGAAAUCCAUGCAAAUCAACAGAUGAAGGAUUAUUGGACUCAUUAGAUUGCUCUAGCGAGACACAUGAGGAAGAGCUAGAUGAAACUUUAGUUCUGAAUGGGCUAGAGGGUAAGGAUAAAAUUUUCUUAAAAGAUUAUGCAUCCAUCCUUCGUAACUACAAAGAUACAAAGAAACAACUUUUAGAAAUCGAGAAGAAAAAUCGAGAGUAUCAUCUUGAGGCAAUGUCAGAGAUGAAGGAGUUAAAAAGUUCUAGUGCAACAAAAGAUGAUGAGAUUCGCGCUCUUAGACGAAUGUUGAGCUGUUUACAAACCAAGCUCAACAAUUCUCUAUCUCAGCAUUUUGAAAAGUCUAAAGAAUCAUCUAAAGCAAACGCCAAUCCUAGCCUUGAAGAUAAAGAGGUCACUGAGAUUGAAGAAAACAUGAAGAUAAGCCAACAUGAAGAACCACAUGAUUCAUCAUUGGAGGAUAAAUUCAGAGUUGAAAUCAGCAGAGUACUGGAGGAAAGCCUGAAUUUCUGGUUGAGAUUCAGUACAUCUUAUCAUUACAUGCAGAAGUUCCAGAAAUCAUUUGAUAAAGCAAAAGCUGAGAUGGAUAGACUUACUGAUACCAAAGCACAGGAAGGCUCAGAUGUCGUGCCUUCUUGUCAAUCAACUAGAAAACUAGAGUCAGCUGCGCUUGAAAAGAAGUUCCGUGACUUGAGCACCGAUCUGCAGGUAUGGUUGGAAAAGAAUGUGCUGCUGCGAGGGGAACUAGAGAAUAGAUUCUCAUUGCUUUGCAGCAUACAAGAGGAGAUAUCAAAGAUUACAACAUUGGGCCAAACUGAUGAUGCUCAUUUCACUCCUUUCCAGUCUGCAAAGUUCCAAGGAGAGGUCAACAAUAUGAAGCAAGAGAACAACAAGGUUACCAAAGAGCUACAAGCUGGGAUGGACCAUGUGAGGGGCCUCCAAGUGGAGGUUGGGAGGGCUCUUUUGAAGCUCAGAGAGAAUGUUGAACUGUCUAUUGGAAGAAGCAACCGAACACAACAUAGCUUCAGAUCUUUGUCAGUGAAGGCUGGAGUACCCCUUCGAACUUUCCUAUUUGGUAAUAAGCCAAAGAAAGCGUCGCUCUUUUCGUGCAUGGGUCCUGUGAUGCCAAAGCCAGUUGCUGACAUGAGGUCAGGGCUUUUUAGAUGAGAUUGGUUAGAUCAUGAGCUACACUUUCUUUUCCUUUUCUUAAUGUUCUAGAAAAUGAUCACAUGUUAAUUUAAAUCAUAUAUUGAGGCUCUAUAGGUUUUUAGAAUGUAAAAAGGCUCGUGUAAUAUCUUUGCAUUUCUUUUUGGAAAAGAAAUCUUGUUGUUCUCUGACUUGACUUUUGUCUUUUCAUUAAUGUUGACUUGUGAAUUAAUUUAUAACAUCUCAUUUCCAAGAUACUGAAAAAUAAUGAUGAGAUAAGCAUAUGGU